AUGGGGCCUGCAACAGAUUCCGAGAAAUUCCCAAAUGAUCACACACUUGACACCGACCCAAGCCACAGCGACGAGAGCACAACCGUUGCACCAGUCAUGAACGAUGCCGAAAAGCAAGCCGACCUAGAGCCCUCACAUCAGCAGGAAGCGCGCGAGAUCGGAGGUUGGAAAUGGGUUGUCGUUGUGCUAGCCAUUUACAGCUCGCAAUUCCUAUUCGCCCUCGACCAGACCAUCGUCGCGAACGUCCAACCCGCAAUUGUCGAGCAAUUCAAAUCUGUGGACAGGCUUUCAUGGGUCAGUGUCGCCUUUCUCUUUGGCGCCGCGGGGACAAAUUUGAUAUGGGGCAAAAUCUUUUCUCAAUUCAAUACCAAAUGGACCUACAUCGCUACCAUCUUCGUCUUUGAGGUUGGUUCAGCUGUCUGCGGCGCUGCUCCAAACAUGAACACCUUGAUCGUGGGUCGAGCCAUUUGUGGCGUCUCUGGCGCCGGAAUGUACGUUGGACUCAUGACUCAACUAGCCGUCACCACCACCAUCCAAGAACGUCCGAUGUACGUCGGCGGGGCGGGCCUGGUCUGGGGUAUCGGAACAGUCCUGGGUCCAAUCAUCGGUGGCGCAUUCACGGACUCAUCUGCGACCUGGCGCUGGUCAUUCUACAUCAAUCUCUGUGUUGGUGCCCUUUGUGCCCCCGUCUACCUAUUCAUGUUGCCCAACAAGGACCCGCGCCGCGGAACCAGCUUUGUGAACCGUGCUCGUGAGCUUGACGGCGUCGGAACCAUCCUGCUGAUUGGUGCAUUCUUCUCGGGAGUCAUGGCUGUAUCAUUCGGUGGUGUCAUGUACCCAUGGAACUCGGGCAGGAUCAUUGGCCUCUUUUGCUGCUCUGGAGUGUUGUUCAUCCUGUUUGGUGUGCAACAGGCCUAUGCCAUCUUUACCACCCCCGCACGCCGCAUCAUGCCCGUCGAAUUCUUUAAAAGCCGCACCGUCUUGAUCUUGUUCGCCGUGACUGCAGCUGGUGGAACGGCUAUCUUCCUCCCCAUCUACAUGACGCCUCUCUAUUUCCAGUUUACUCGUGGAGAUGGAGCGCUUCAGUCUGGCGUUCGACUUCUACCCUUUAUCAUGUUAAUGAUCUUUGCCACCAUUUCGAAUGGCGCAUUCCUGUCUAAGGUGGGGUACUACAUGCCUUGGUACCUCGCUGGAGGCAUCCUAAUCGUUAUUGGUGGUGCACUCAUGUAUACGGUGGAUAUAGCGACCUCCAUCUCCAAAAUAUAUGGAUAUACCAUCCUCAUCGGCAUUGGAGUUGGUCUAUUCGUUCAGGCAUCAUUCUCAGUUGGCCAGGCAGUGGUCAAACCUGAACAGAUUCCUUCAUCCAUUGGUUUCAUCUCAACUGGUCAAAUCACCGGCAUCACUUUAGCCCUCGCCAUUGCCAAUGCUGUAUUCCUCAACAAAAGCGAGGAUGGAAUCAAGGCCAUCUUACCAAAUACGCCCACUGCGGAGAUUCAGCAGGCUAUCAUUGGAAUGGGGUCUGCACUUUUCGACGACAUGUCAGAUGAGGAACGGCAGCGGGUGUUGGAGGUCAUCGUCUCUGCACUAAGCAGCACAUACGCCUUGGUCAUUACAGCUGGGGCGUUGGUCGUCGUGCUGAGCCUUCUGCUGAAGAGGAAUAGGCUUUUUGUGACUCCUGCGGCACCUGCCUGA